ACGUCAUCUCUCAGCGCCGCACUGACCCCCGCCGGUGGAAAAGGGAACAGCUCCGCCGCCCUUCGCGUCUGUGUUGGGCUCCUGCUCCUUCAGUUAUCAUGGCGCCGUCGCUGUGGAAGGGGCUGGUAGGCAUCGGCCUCUUUGCUCUAGCCCACGCCGCCUUUUCCGCUGCUCAGCAUCGUUCUUAUAUGCGAUUGACAGAAAAGGAAGAGGAAUCACUGCCAACAGAUAUAGUGCUUCAGACACUUCUGGCCUUUGCAGUUACCUGUUAUGGUACAGUUCAUAUUGCAGGGGAAUUUAAAAACAUGGACGCUACUUCCGAACUAAAGAAUAAGACAUUUGAUACGUUAAGGAAUCACCCAUCCUUUUACGUCUUUAACCAUCGCGGUCGAGUACUGUUCCGGCCUUCAGAUACAAGAAAUUCUUCAAAUCAAGAUGCGUUGUCCUCUAACACAUCGGUGAAGUUACGAAAACUUGAGUCGCUGCGCCGUUAAUAUUUUACAAAUUAUAAUAGGACAGGACACAGAGCUCAAUAUGGAGUUUGGGGCAUAAAACACUCCCCACAUUAGUAUUUAUAUUGAUCUCUCAGACCAAUUUAAAAAAAAAUCUAUGGCCCUUGUUUGUACACUGCUGGUCAAGUCCUUAUUGCAGUAUUGGUUAUCUAUGAAAUGAAUCUUUGAAUUUCAUAUAAGGAAUUUUUUUUCAUUUAAGACAAAUUAAUUUUGUAAAGUCACUGUUUUGAACACAUUGAAAAAUGUUGAUGGUUUCUGUGAUUAUUUUCUUAAAUUUCUUUUCUUUUGCGCUACAGUUUUAGGAUCCUUUUGGAAAUACUGUGUGAUUACUCCAUUUUGCAGCAUGAAUUAUAGUAAAAUGGUCUUCAGUUCUUAGUAAAUGAACUUCCCUAAUGAGAUCAAAAUGGUGAUUUUCCACCCUUCUUUUAUCCCCUAAAAAGUGGCUCUGCUUCAGCAGAUAUUUGCCAGUUUUUAAUUGAUCCAUGACUUCUUACUCCACCCCACUCCCAUAUACUUUCUAGCAUUGACUUGUCUUGUUUAAUUACUUCUCUGAGAUUCUGUGUACAGUGAGAAAUUUUUGUUAGAAAUUCCUGUCAUACCAGAAGUAUUUAACAAGUUCAACUUGUUGUGAAGCCAUUUGUGUUUUAUAACACAAAAUGUGCUCUAAGUGAUUAUGUAAUAUAGGAAUACUUGAAGACAGACCAAAAAAGACCAUUUGUGAUUUCAUUAUCCUGCCUAUAUAGAAGAAUGAGAUUUGUUGAAAAAAAUGGAUUACUUGUCAUUAGUUUAACUUAUUCAGAGUCUCUGUUAGUUUAUUCCAUGCUAAACUAGUGAACUAAAUGAAAAUAAAGGAAACUUCUCAUUAAUCUAAAGGCAGACUUAAAGGAAUUGGGCCAAAUAUGUUCUAAAUAUUUAGAAUGAAUAUAUUUUUUUAGAAACUUCAAGGCCAUUUAGGAAAUUGUCUUGUAGUUUUGAUUAAAGAAAGUUUAGAGUUUUCUAUCUUCACUCUGUUGGUGAAGGUAAGCAUAAGGAUACAAAAAUGAAUUGUUUUAUAAACAGUGAUUUUACUCUUAGAGAAAUUUGGCUAGCUCUUUGAUCUAGAAAGCUUCAGGAAUCUCAGCAUUUUGGUGUGGACAAUAAUGCAUUUUUUUAAUUGUACAGGUGUAAACACAUUGCUUUUGUUGAAUUGUAUAGGUGUAAAGGGAAUACCUGUAUGCAGGUUUGAAAAGGAAAUAUGCUUUAGGCAAGAGUCAUAAGAUGCCCUUGUACUUGAUGGCAUUUUUCCUUUAGAAACAAACCUCACUUCUUUUAUUCUGCCUGGUAAUGCACAGCCCAAAGGCAUGAGAUGAAUUUGUCAUUGGAUUUUUAUUAUGCUGUUUUGUUCUGUUUUGUUUUGCCUAUCCAGUCUGUCUGUGGAACACUGACUCUGCUCACUAAUGAGAACAAAGUUAGAAUCUGCUGAUAGCCUGAAAUAAUUUAGUUAAAAGUGUGAAGGCAGGAGUUCAAGUGAUGUUAAUUAAAUCAAAAUAGUGUGUGAAAAACAUGCUCCUUAUAUCAGUCUUGUCUACCGUUUCCUCAGGUAUGACUUGAUUUGAGAGAAUUUCUUGUUUUCUUCUCUUUUGAGGCCAAAUAAUGUUGUUGAGAUGUAGUUUGCCUACCUUACAGUUGACCCAUUUAAAGGGUAUAAUUCUGUGACUUUCAAUGAUUUCACAAAAUUGUGAAAUAUCAGCCACUUUUAGAACAUUUCGCAGUCCCAUAAAGAAUCCCCCUGCACUUUAAAACUUGCCUCAUUUUCUCCCAAUGCUGGCUCCACUCCACCCCUGUCAACCCUAGGGAACUACUGAUCUACUUUCUGUCUGUAUAGAUGCACCUUCUCUGGACAUUUAAUAUAAAUGGAUUCAUAGGGUAUCUGGUCUUCCGUGAGUGACUUCUCCCAAAGGAUUGUUAUGUGGAGAAAGAAGUUGUUCUUAUCUUGUGAUUAAUUAUUGUUGUGAAAGGCCAUGAUUGGCCAAAUGAAUAUAUCUAAGGAGAGAAGACUAGAUACUUAACAGGUUUCUCAGAUGAUCGUAUGUAACAGUUUUUUUUAUAGCAUUCAUAGUGUAUUGCUUAUUAUAUUUUGGCUGGUUUCUAGAAUGGAUAUUGAACUCCUUGCUGCUCAGUUAGGAAAGACCUGCUAAAAUUGAUGCCAAAUAAUUUGGCAUAUAAUUGACGUAGUAAUUUCCAGUGUAUACAUCUUCGCCAGCAGCUUGUAUACCUCAGGUCAACUGAGGUCCCCAAAUUUCUUUUUUAAUUGACUCCAGUCAAUUUCUGUUGACUUUUCCAAGUAUGUACCAUAGGACUAAAGGUGAUUUGGGUAACCCUGCUAAAUGUAUUAAGUAUGGAACUUGAUUUACAGUACUAUUAGACAGUCUGUUACUGCCUAAGGCAGUUUAAAAAUAUGUGAGCUAGUCUGCAGUUGAUUAGGAUUUCAGUGACAUUCAGAAAUGUGUAUCAACCAAAGUUCUCAAGAAUACUGGAAGACUCACUUUUUUUUUUAACAUUUAUUUUAUUUAUUUGAGGGACAGAGUUUCAGAGAGAGAGGUCUUCCUUCCACUGGUUCACUCCCCAGAUGGCCACAAUGGCCAGAGCUGCGCCGAUCUGAAGCCAGGAGCCAGGAGCUUCUUCUGGGUCUCCCACAUGAGUACAGGGGCCCAAAGCCUUGGUCCAUCUUCUACUGCUUUCCUAGGCCAUAGCAGAGAACUGUAUCGGAAGAGGAGCAGCUGGGACUAGAACCAGCGCCCAUAUGGGAUGCCGGUACUUCAGGCCAGGGCUUUAACCCACUACACCAUAGCGCUGGCCCCAGACUCACUUCUUAAUAACCAAGGAACCAGCCAAAUGGCCCAGUGGCAAAAAAAAAAAAAAAAAAAAAAAAAAAAAACAGACUUUUGAGUUGGAAACUCCUGUGAUCUCUGACUUCCUACUGAUCGUUUCCUAAGCACUGUGGCUUAGUUCUGAGUGGCACAGCAACAUCUUCCUGGUUGUAUGUGGCCUGUUUCCAUGAGCUAUUGAGUGCUGUUGUUUGUUGUGAGCGUCAGUGCCUGUAACACCAAGCUAAACACAUUCUUUGGAUAUAGUCUCUCUCUUUAAAUGACCUUACCCUGUCCAAUAAGUAAAUGAUUGUCUCACCCUGUUUGUGGUAGCAGUUUUUUGUUUGUUUGUUUUAUUUUGUUUUGCGUUUUAGAUUUUUUUAAUCUCACUUCUGUUUCUCUGUACCCAGAAAAAUGUAAGAGCUAAUUUUAUGACUAUAUUUUCCAGUGUGAUUUUGUUUUACUAAAUUCAAUAGAUACUUUAUACUUAAUUGUACAUAUCAACUCUUAUUGCAAUUUUAAGCUUUAAUAGUCAGAAUGUAUAAUCUCAUUUAUAUUCAUGAAUCGGUAAGUGCUCGUUGAGGUAUAGGAAUUGGUUCUUGAGAAGCAGUGUCUGUAAUCAUUCCAUCGCAAGCAAAUUUCUUAUAGGCAGACAGCUCAUACAAAAUAUCACUUGUACCUAACAGGAAAUCAUGUUUUAAGUGUAAGAGAAUGAGAAAAUGCAAGGGGAAAAUUUCUACUUUGUAAAACUUGGCAGUUACCUAAAGUAUUUUGAAAACACUACCAGUAUUCAAGCCUACUUAGAACUAACUCAAAAUAAACUGCUAAGCAAUGUUAUUUAAAAAGGAGGAAAAAAGAUAACAUGUGACGAAAGGAUCAGACAGUUUAGAAAGGCACAAAAAUAAAUCUUUUGUUCUCUUCCUUCCUACUCUAAUAUUUCACCUGAAGGUAACCAGCAUCAACAGUCUCGUUGUUCUUAUAGGAAUAAAACCUUUUAUUUACCAGUGAACAUACAUUUAAAAAAAUUUACAUUAAGGAAUCAGACAAUAUGUACUGUUCUGUACCUUGCUUUCUUCUGCUGUGUCUUAGGAAAUCUUUAUUUGUACAGAAAUAAUGAUUUUUAAUAACUCUGGUGUCCCAGUAUACAUUAGUGGGCUUUUAGUUUUCCAAUAUUUUAUUAAAUUGUAUUGUAGUGAACAUACUUGUACAUAUAAUGAGACUGUAUCAGUAGAAUUAAUUUAUAGCAAUAUAAUUGCUAGAUCAAAGAGUAAUUUUCAUUUUCAGUGCAGUAGUCUGCUGCCAGAUUGUCCUCUGGAAACCUUUGCCUGGUGUGCUUCUACAUACAGUGUGAGAAUGAUUGUUUACGGGACUGGCGCUGAUAGUGGGUACUACUUUUUAUGUUUGAUCAUGUGAAAGUAAAUGAGUGAUAUCUUGCAUUUUUAUGAGGAGAUGCAACACAUUUUCAGGUGUAUUGAUUACUGCUAUUUCAUUUUCUGUGAGCUGUAUGAUUAUAUUCUGUUUCCUAUUAGAUGAUUUGUUUUUUAUUGAUUUGUAUGAGCUUUUUGUAAGCUAAGGAAGUUGGCUCACUGUCACAUGUUUAAUAACAUUUUCCUGUGUAUUAUUGAUUUAUGUAGUUAUACUUAUCAGUCUUUAUGCCUUCUUCCCUUAGAAAGGACUUUACAUUUAUGAAUGAAUUUAU